CUCUUGUCGGGAUGUAGAUUUCCUUGUAGUUCUUUUCUUCCUCACGCUACCGUUCUCUCCUCAGCGGAGAUCAGAGAGGCUCGGAGCCGGUGAGGCCAGGAGCGCAGGACGCCGGGAGCCUGUUCCCGGGCAUAGGGAUCCGUUGGGAUUUAGGGCCGGCCUCGAGGUGUCCCGCUCAGAGGAAUGGAACCUGCCUUCGGGGAAGUGAACCAGCUCGGGGGGGUGUUUGUCAACGGGAGACCCCUGCCCAAUGCCAUCAGGCUGCGGAUUGUGGAACUGGCGCAACUGGGUAUCAGGCCGUGUGACAUCAGCCGGCAGCUCCGCGUUUCCCACGGCUGUGUCAGCAAAAUCCUGGCUCGCUACAACGAGACCGGCUCCAUCCUACCGGGGGCUAUCGGCGGCAGCAAGCCUCGGGUCACCACCCCCACGGUGGUAAAACAUAUCCGGACCUACAAACAAAGGGAUCCGGGCAUCUUCGCCUGGGAGAUCCGGGAUCGCCUGCUGGCCGAUGGCGUGUGUGACAAGUACAACGUGCCGUCGGUCAGCUCCAUCAGCCGCAUCCUCCGGAACAAAAUCGGGAACCUGUCUCAGCAGAGUCACUACGAGUCUUACAAGCAGCACCAGCCGCCCCCACAGCCUGCUCUGUCCUACAACCACAUCUACCCCUACCCCAGCCCCAUCGCUGCUGCAGGAGCCAAGGUGUCCACCCCUCCCGGUGUGCCGGCGAUCCCCAGCACCAUGGCCAUGCCCAGGACGUGGCCGUCCUCUCACUCGGUGACGGACAUCCUGGGGAUCCGGUCCAUCACAGACCAAGUGAAUGACACUUCGCCUUACCCCAGCCCCAAGGUGGAGGAAUGGAGCAGCUUGGGCCGAAACAGUUUCCACCCGCCGACUCAGCAUGCCGUGAACGGGCUGGAGAAGAGCUCCCUUGAGCAGGAAGCCAAGUACAGCCAGGUGAUCUGGAUGGCACCCAAUUCGAACCCCAUUUGUGAGACCUGCCUCUUUCUGGCCACCUGCUUCCACGGCCAAAACACAGUGCCCUGUCCACCAACCCACAUGGCUUCAGGGCACUCCACCCGGAUGAAACUAAUAAAGAAAGUCAGAGAGGCACCCAAUGGCCUCCCAGCCGUCAGCAGUUUCGUGUCCGCACCGGCCAUGCCUCCCUACGCCACGCCGGCCCAGGUGUCACCUUACAUGACGUACAGCGCCACUCCAUCCAGCUACAUGGCGAGCCACGGCUGGCAGCACGCCGGGGGCACCCCGCUGUCCCCUCACAGCUGUGACAUCCCCGCCUCGCUGGCCUUCAAGGGCAUGCAGACUGCCAGGGAGGGCAGCCACUCCGUCACGGCCUCGGCUCUCUGAUGCAGGAGCUGCUCCUGGAGCACCACGAGCUCGCCGGCUCCUCGGCCCCUGAGCCCAGCUCACGGACUGCUCUCCUCAUGCUGGCCACACCUGGCGUUUCUCCUCGUGACUUGUCUCCCCUAAGGCUUUUGGGAUUAAAGAGCUGAAGACAACAUCAGAAACUGAGAGAAGUGUGGUGUUGCGCUCUUAAAGACUUUGUGUCCCUAAAAGGGCUCGUGGAGCCUUGUUCCACUCUCUCCUGGUCAAACCACGCAUAUUUAUUCUUAAUCAUCACAAACUUUCUAAAUGUGCAAUUGUUACUAAGAUUUGUGCAAAAAUCAAUAAAGAAAAAUCACCACAGAAAAUUCUGCUAUGCCUUGAAUCAGCAAAGGUGGCUGAAUGGGAAGUGUUUGCCAAAUGCCUAGAGAACAACCCUUUAAUUGAUGAGAUUAUACAAUCCACUGUUAUUAUGAGGUCCUUUAUUGUUGUUUUAAUGGGUUUUGGUAAUCAAAUAGAGAAUGAAGGCAAUAGGUGGCUUUCAGAUUCUUCUGGCAUGUUGCCAUCAUCAGGCAGUAGUAAGAUCUUUGUGAUUUUAUCCAUUUGUAAAUAGAGGCUUUUCACAGCAUUUGUUUUCACCUUCCAGUACAUUUAUUUCCUUUUUUUUUUUUUUUUUUUUUUUUUUUUAAGUUAAGGAGACUUCUAGUUAUUUUAUAUGUCUUUGCAUGGUGGGGUGAUAGGUGAUGAGGUUUAGGUAGGGGUUUUUGGUCAUGUUUUUGUGCCUACAGUGGAGGCUUCAUCAUCUUAUGAGAUAGCUAUCUCUUUGGCAGAAGAGUCAAAGGCAGAAAUCCAGCUAAGUAUCUCCAGUUAUACCCAGCCUCCCAGACUCAUGAAAUACCACAGUCAUAUGAAGUAUACAAACAGAAAUGUGGGUGGAAAAUACCUGAAUAAAACAGAAAACUGUAGAGGAAAAUGCUGUUAGUGUGCAACCUGUGCGGAGAUGCUCAAAAAGCCCUAUCAGUCAAAAACUCCACUGAGAAACAGAAUUGUGCCAUCAUUCUCAGCUCACUGGUGUCCAGAUUACGUUGUAAUUUUUAAAGAGGAACUUGUCUUUAAUUUCUGCUUUAAUGAAUGUAAAGUAUGGCUCUUGGAAAAGUUUACAUUAUUGUUCUGAAGCAUUUUUUUCCCCUUAUAGGUAUACUGGUGGUGGUGCUACAAACAGAGAUAUUAUUUAAUAUGAGCAAAUUUCCUUUCUACAUUUCUGUAUGCAGUGGCAAGUACUCCAUGCCAGUUAUUUUGCUUUAAACUUUAAUCCCAAGAGAGCUAAAAUUCUGAUUUUUGAAAAUUUACCUGUUUUCCUUGGGUAAUAAUAAAGUUCUGACUAUUGUUAUGCUUUUCCCAUGCUGUAGGUAUGUUCAGAAUAUUAAUAUGGAAAAAAAAAGCCUGGUGUGACAUUUCAUAUCCAUCAUAGGCUAUUAAUAUAUUGCGUAUUUUUAGAAGUGUUUUGCAAUAACUUAAAUUACUGUAGACAUAGUUAAAGCAAAGGAGAAAAUACUAUUCUUCAUAUAUUGUUCUAUCUGCAUCCCAUAUUAAACACUAAUUCAGUGAGAAAGUAAAAUACAUUUCCCUCUUAAAAUACAGUUAUAAUUUUGUGGAUUUCCAGCUUUCAUCACCAAGACAGCUGUGGGUAAAUUUUCAUAACAAUCUGAGUAAUCAGUAUUAAUGUCAUGUACAGUAUGUCCGCUGAAAUAUGGAUGGACUUCUCUGGCUACUGCCACCUUUGCUUCUUGCACUAAAAAAUUGCUAACAGAACUGCAUUUCUGUAAAGAACACAGAUAUUGUAUUUUGGCCCCAAGGAAACAAAGAUCUGAUCUUGGAUGUGAUUAAUUUUCUUCAGCCUCAAAGAUAUCCAACAGCUGUUUAGCUUUAAUGAGAUGCUGAAACCCUCGUUAUUCAGUAGAACACUUUUUGAAGAAUGUUUCUUUGAAACCACUAAAGUGCACACAAGUGCAUUUCCAAUCUGCCACACUGUUAGUGACAUGAUGGAUAUUAUUCUGCCUUUAUGCUGUUAUACCUGGAAUAAGAUGAGCCUUAACAACAUGAAAAAGAAUUAAGAAUUUAAUUUAAUACUAGACAAGCUCUUCACCAAAGACAAAAUGGGGAAAAAAGAUAAGAAAAAGAUCAUAAGUAGAUAAGUGAUUAAGUUGGCAAGAGAAUUUCAUCUUUCAGCUUAGUCGUUCUACUGGAUUACAGAAUUAUUGAGUGAGUCUACCUAUUGUUUUCAAUAGAACUCAAACAAGGGGCACCAAAGGGAAAAGAAAACAAAAAACUAAGGAAGAUAAACUUUUCAAAGCACAGUUUUUUUGAGCUUCAAGACUUUGCAAGUCUUGUAGUCCUGUAACAAAGUGUGCCUAUGUUAAAGUUUUUCCAAAUUUUCUUGAGUAACAUGAGGUCAUUUCUGGAAUAAAAGUUGUCUUUCCUGACAUUCCAAUAAGGAAUUAGUGUGUUUUGGAAGACAGACAGACAGAUCCUUAGCUUGUAUCAGUUAUUUUCAUUAUCCUCAGCUAAACGAGGAUAAUUUAUAAAACAAGGACAGGACAUGAUGUUAAUUAUUCCUCCCAUGGGAUACACCAUCAUAAACCGUUUUUGUUUUGUGUUUGUUUAGGUACAGCUCUCCAUGCAUCUGCCUGCUGUACACGAUUCCUUACCCCUGACUGGGAAGUCAGCGGGGCUGCGUGCAGAAAGUGUUGCUCAGAGUGAGCAACAGUGCCUGACCUUGGCUCUUGGUGAACUGCCUGUCAUGGAUUUUUUUCGUGUGAAGUUUCACAAUUUGUUUCUUUUUAAUGUAAACCUACUAUGUAGAAUACUCAUUUGCCCAAGGACUAUUUCACUGCUCAUACUCACGGGCAUACUGAAAACUGCAACAUGUUCACUUAUCACACAAUUCUAAGCCAUUUGGCAUUAAAUUAAAAUGAAAAAGGGAAUUGUUCCCUAAAAAAAUAAUAAAUAAGGGUUAACUGCUGCUGUCAAGUGCCUGGGUGUAAAUCUGGAGUGAACCCACUGAGGUGAAUGGGUACCUUUGGGAAACAUUCUGUAUAUGUGGGUGCAGAAUUAAUUUUUUUUAAUCUGCAAAGUCUACACUUCAUUUACAGAGUGUUAAACGUUUCCAAAGAAAUAAGUGAAGCCUAAUAGUACUCCCUUCAACUAGACUGUGUUUGCAUGGUCCCAGUUCAGAAGAUCUUUGGUGUAAAACUGAAUUUCAGCCCACAUUACACAAGGAGCAAUGGGGCAUUGGGCUAGCACAUUCAUAGGUUUGUUUUCCCAUACCAUGCUGUUUUCUGUUUUUGAAUGUUUCUCUUUUUAUCCAAGAUCAGGCUGAGCUAUUAACUGAAAAAAAUCAUGUUGGAAAGGAUGUAAAACCAAAGGCUAUAUAUGUAUAUACAGUAUGUUUAAAGCAUUUUAUUUUUAUAUUUUGAACGCUCUAAAUUAAUAAAAGACAAAUUAUAAAGCAUUUUGCUUUAGUUUUUGAAAUUAUCUUAGUAGUGUCUUCUCUUUGGCCAAGUAUUGAUAAUAAAGUGCUGCAACAAGGAACACUUGCCUUAAAACCAUAAACUUUAACAGAGCUAGUUUUAUUGAUUUUUAGCUAUGAAAGAGCAUAGGUAUGAAAAACCACCGUUGUCAAAUUCAGACAAAAGAGAGGCUUAUUGAGCAUGUUAAUACAGGCAUCCUUGAAAGUGCUGAAAACACAUUUCUAUUUUUAGCUUUUUGUUGCUUUUCCAAUGCAUUAAAAACACUCAUGAGAUGAGACUUCACAUGUGAACUGCCAUUUUCAGGAAAUGAUACAGAAAGGUGCUUCUUUAGGAUUGCCAAGGAAAAUGUUUGUCCCUCCUUCAGAGGAAGAACAUUGCUAACAGAGUGAUUG